AUGCUCGUAGCCCAAACCGCGGGCAAUACCGAAGAAGUCGAACGCAUCAUGAACAUCCUUGCAGAGGAGUCAGAGUCCGACCAGGUUGCAGCGACGGUAGCGGUGACCCCAAAAAGAGCCCAAGACCCAACCGAGGACAAAGACGACUUCCAAGAGGGAGGUGUGACUUUCAUGGUCCAGGGCGUGAACACCUUUUUAGGUUUAGGACUCCCUCCGUUCUUCGAUUGA